AUGGACUACCAUACUAUCCACGGCCACGAUGUCGAGGGGUUUGGCACGCCAUUGACACACCGAGUCCUGACUGUGUCUGCGGCCGAUGUUGACGCGGCCUUGUUGAGCCCGUCGCCGGCGUCGUCGACAGGGCCCGAUCUGACGACACCAGCGCGACUUGUGCCUACCGGCAUCUCCACACUGGAUUCUAUCUUGUCUGAUUCACCAGCUCCACAUGCAGGCGCGGGAGACGCAACAGAAGAUGGAGACGAGGCUGAAACGGAGGCGAAGGCGGGAACGACGUCGGAUCUAGAGCCACUGUCGAUACUCGCUGCAAACGCGUUGUCGGGCGGAAGCAGUGCUGUGUGGGUAGACUGCUUCCACUCCCUGUGUAGAGAACGGCUGACGGCCAUUGCCGAAGCUCAUACGGGGCCCGACAAGGGGGCUAAGAGCGUGGAAGAAGGAUUUGUACACUAUACGUGUCCCAGUCUUCCGCACUUCAUUGCUAUGUUCUGCCCAUCGACGUCGGUGUCUACGGUCGAAAUACCUGCAGAUGCGUCUGUCGUGGUCAUCGACUCUCUCUCCGCUCUCGUGAACCACGCGCUUCCAAGGACAGUAGAGAAGAAGGGUGCACCGCUCAUGGCGAACGGGAAAAGGGGUCCUGCGGCACAUGAAAAGAGGACACAGGUGCUGCAGUACAUUGUCGCGGCACUCGAACGACUAGCAGAGACACAGAAUGUCGCCGUCAUCCUGCUUACGCAAUGUGCCAGUCGCGUACAGGCAGACGGUGGUGGAGCCGCCUUGGUGCCAGCCAUUAACGCGGCAGUUUGGGACCGCGGUAUCGCCACGCGUAUCGUUCUGUUCCGGGACUGGGCCUGGAAGGACGGCGAGGCCGUCGGCGGUCGCUUUGCCGGCAUACAGAAGCUCAAUCGCAGUGGCGGCGAUACCGCGCUGAGCCACGUCGUUGCGUUUUCCAUCGCGGAGGCAAGUCUUCUCUCCACUAAUCUGCGAAUUCUGUUCUAG